AUGGCUCUAUUGCUAGGCGACCAGCAAGAAUUCGACGUCGAGACCAGUCAAAUUGGUGACCCAUGCCAAAGUGUCAUCUACGAGACCGCUACUUCAUCAAGGCGUGUGUCCAACGCGACAAGGAGAAAACUUACGCUUGGCUCGUACAUGACAAUUGCUGCGGCUGCAUCUGGGUUGGUAUCUGAUGGUUACUUUGACUAUGAGAUUAUAGAUCAUAACAAUUUGAUGACUAUGACAAAUGUGGUUUUCAAGCAACUGUAUCCUACAGAGUAUACGUCCGCAGUGUCUACUCGGGUUUCGAAUGCACUCUUAGUGGGCGAAAUCAUUGGGCAGCUAUUCAUAGGGAUCCUGUGUGACCGGAUGGGCAGGAAGUCUGGCCUUUUCGUCACAACACUCCUCAUUGUUAUUGGGGCUAUACUGUGCACUGCUGCUAAGGGUGCAAACGGGAGCGUACAAGGUCUCUUUUGGUUCAUGACCAUUGCUCGUGGCGUAACAGGCGUGGGUAAUGGCGGCGAGUAUCCUGCAUCGGGGACCAGCGCAAGUGAGGCUACAGACGAAAUAAUGAGCACGAACAGAGGUCCAGUAUUUUUGCUAGCUACAAGUCUACCACUUGUGCUCGGUGGACCCCUUGCAGUAUCGGUGUUUUUGAUAGUCCUAUCCGCGGCGGGAGAAACCCACCUCGAAACAGUCUGGCGCGUCUGUUUUGGAGUGGGUAUUUUAUUUCCGGUCACUGUGUUCUAUUUUCGAAUGCGCAUGGUCCGCAGCAAGCUGUUCCGAGAAGGUGCCAUUAAGCGACACGUCCCAUAUCGUCUCGCUCUGAAAAGAUACUGGAAAUCUUUAAUUGGUACUUGUGGAGCUUGGUUCACCUUAGACUUUGUAGGUAUUCUAUCGUACUUGGUGAUGGUUUCUCAAGAGUUAGACCAGAUUUUCUAUCCGAAUGGCAUAUUCUCGGCAACGAUCAUUGCGAGCGUCAUACCCAAUGGAGGCAUCAGGGCGACCGCUGAAUGGCAGCUCCUACUAGGUGCUAUUGCGCUGUUAGGUGUUUUCGUCGGAGCAUUCCUCUGCAAUCCGUUGGGUCGCCGUAACACUAUGAUUUUGGGCUUCUUCGGUUAUCUUGCUUUUGGCUUGAUCAUUGGCUGUGGAUAUGAGCGGGUCACAAAGAUUGUACCGCUUUUCGUAACGCUUUAUGGUCUGAUGACAUUUAUGGGAAACCUUGGCCCUGGAAACAUGUCGCUCCUCACUAGCGCAGAAUCAUAUCCGACAUCUAUCAGGGGUACUUGCUUCGGAAUAUCUGCAGCUAUCGGGAAGGUAGGAGCCGCAGUUGGUACAGAAGUCUUUACUCCCACACAAAAGGAUCUUGGCCAAAAAUGGACUUUUAUCCUCGCAGGCAUUUUCGGCGGUCUUGGCAUGCUCGUCACGUACUUCUUUGUGCCUGACAUGACGGGCGUGGAUCUUGCGAAUGAGGAUGAGAAGUUCCUGAAGUAUCUUGCAGACAACGGGUGGCACGGCGAUGUUGGCGAUGAAGAUGCGGCCUCAGUCACUACGGAGUCUAAUUUCCCCGAUGGAAUUAACUACGACGAGAAGGUUCAGUAG